UCUCGCACAUAAGAGAAGGAUGUUUAUCAGUUCCCGUGGACGUCGCUGCUAUCGUCCUUACUGCCUCGUACUGUUUUGGCGGCAAGAACGGCGUGGAACAACGUGAAGACAAGUACGAUACACGCAAGAUGGAAAGGAGGGAAUCUUUGCGGAAUCUGUUCCAAGAUUUGGGCUGUAAAGUCGAAAGUGAUGCCGUUCUCGAUAAAUGUUUUGAAUUCUGCGAGUCUUACGAUGUGGACGUGGAGAAGCUCACGGAAUUGUGGCUGACUUUUUGCGUCAACAACAACACCGACAUCGAUCCCACCGUUGACAAUCUGAUCAAGAUGGAACGCGCGAUAUUGAUUAAGGAUCGUAAGGUGCGUGACCCGACCACGAAGAGCAGCGUGAAACAGGAACAAAAUACAACGGAGAAACGCUUUAUCACAAACGAAGCAAGUGAAACCGACGACGUACUCAGCAUGUAUGGCUGCGCCGAAGAUGGACUGUCCAAGCGCGCGCGGAUAAGUCCCGAGGUAGAAAUCAGUGCGGAUGCGCGGACCGAUAAAGCGAGAGCGGAAUGCUCGUUUUCACCAGGCUUCUACACCGAGAACUCAAGCGUGCCAAGUCAGCGUAGUAUAACGGACAAGGAGAAGAUCUUGCUUUCCGUCGGCGAAGCUAUCGCGUCUUGGAAGAGGACAGGCGAUUAUGAUGUCGAAGUCACGAAGUCCAACGAGUCGCAUGUCCUCAGCGACGCGAGGUACAUGUACGAGGUCCUGUCGAGGCAGGGACAUCUGCUCACGUUUGUGUGCCAGAGUUUGGGCGGCAGGCUGUUCAAGACGUGGUCGACGGCGACCGGUAACGCCGGCGAGCUGCGCUACGUGAAGAAUGUGCGAAGCGUGAGUCAGACGAAUUUCCGGACAUUCGGUCGCAUCAGCGCGAAGAAGGAGUCCGCGAACACGGUGACGCUGGAGGGUAGCACGAGGCGGCGGGGCGUCUCGGCCGCCGACACGAUCGAGCUGGACUUUCGCAAUCUGAAACAGUACUCGGUGUUCUCCGGUCAGAUCGUGGCGGUCGAGGCCAUCAAUCCGGUGGGCGACGCGUUGUACGUGAAGCAGAUAUUCGCCAAGUCGUACGCGCCGCCCGCGUUAACGCCGAUGAUCGAGUCGAGAGUCAACGUCUUCGUCGCGGCGGGCCCGUUCAACCCGUCCAACAGCACACUCUACGAACCGUUGUGGGACUUGAUGGAGAGAGCCGCGUCGGACGAGCCGCAGCUCUUGAUACUGGUUGGACCUUUUCUUGAGUACACGCAUCCCCAGAUACAGGACAGUCUCAUUAGCCACACGCAUCAGGAACUGUUCGAGAGGAUUCUCACGAAAAUAAUGGACUUGGCACGGAAGAACACGCAGGUUGUGGUGGUAGCUUCCAAUCGCGACGCGCAUCACGAACCUAUAUUUCCAACCCCUCAUUACGCAGUGUUUAAUCGGAAUUUGUUACAAAAUUAUUCGAACCUAAAGCUGAUGCCAGAUCCUUGUAUAUUGGAUGUCGCGGGUUUGAAGAUCGGGAUCACAUCGGUCGACGUUAUUAAACACAUCGGGAAAGAAGAAAUAUCCAAUGUGUCAGGUGAUAGACUCGGUCGUCUGGCUGAUCAUGUGCUCGCUCAAACGUGCUUCUAUCCCGUGUAUCCUCCGUCAGAGGACCUGAACGUGGACACGGAGUUGUGGGAGAAGCACGCGUUCUUCGACCAGCAACCGCACUUGAUGAUUUUACCGUCCGACAUGCGAUGUUACUGCAAAGUGAUCAACGAGUGCAUGAUCGUGAAUCCGGAACGCAUGCACAAGCGCGUUUAUGCCAGGUUGAGUGUGAAACCGACCGUUGGCGGUAAAUGGAGUUCCAAUAAUAUCUCAUGCGAGAUCGUCAAAGUCUGAUAGCCUUUUAAAGUACGCUUGAAAACGGCACCUCAAACUAGUUCAAGGGGUUCGAUGCAAUAGUGGUCUCGCACACUUUUUUUUUAAGAAACGAAGAGAGGAUUCUUUUAAAAUUAAAAAAAAAUUAAGAUUCUUAAUUUUUGUAUUAAGUUUUAUAUUAAAAGUGUGUAGGUAUUAAAUCAUUAUUGUAUCGAAUUUUUACAUUACUGACUAGAACGGAUGACGUUUCUAGUCCGGAUAAUUUACAAGAUAUUUAUGUACUUUAAUCGCCAAAUAGUAGAAUAUGUUUUAUACGGAUUA